AUGCUUCCUGGACUACAGAUAUUUGAUCUCCACGAGCCAUCCAAAUGCAAUGUCUUGAAGAGCAUUGGCACUGAUUUCGAGGAUGGCUCCAUAAAAUCACUAUCCGACUAUUAUUCUCCAGGGUGCACUGCAGAGUGUAACUGCCACCAUUUGGUUGUGUACCUUGAAAACGCACUCUGCAGAGGUGUUCCAGUUAGCUACAAGGAUGUGUCUGCCUUGGUUUUCCAUGAAAAUGCUAAAGUAAGGAAGGUCUCCUUGAUGCUGCAUUGGAAACACUUUCCAGAGAUGCCCCUUCCCUCUUUUCAGCAUGAUCCAGACCACUCAAUCAGAGCAAUCUAUCUAAAGCGAAAAGAAAGUCUUAGGGUUUCCUCCCUGGUCAGGCAAGCAAGGGAUGGGAACAAGGAUGUCAGAGAGGUAGCCUUACACCAACUAAUGAGAUUCUCUGAAGAAGAAAAGUACAAAAUGAAGAUACUCAGGGCUGUAUGCCAUGGAAUACAUGAUAGGGAGCUGUCAAUAAGGGUGUUUGUUUCAAAGGCCAUUGGGGAGUUCAAAGGCCUUCCUGAAGUGGUGGCGGAAAAGCUUCUGAGCAAACAGAUUACUAGUCCUGACGACCAGGAGCUGUGCGGAGGAUUGAUAUAUGGAAUUGAGGAUGAAUAUGCUGAUGUCCGUAGAAAUACAAUAUCGUCUGUGUAUUCGCUAAUUGCCCCAGGAACUGCCUCAAGAGCUUUCGAUUUCGUUGUGGACUCUCUGAAUGACGAGGAUAACGAUGUCAGAGAACUCUGCACUCUUUACCUCAAAAAGAUAAGUAUGAAGUAUGUGCUGGCCAUAGAUAAGGAGAUAGUGCGGCAGAUCUGCGAAAGCCUUAAGGAGAAAAGCUACAAGGUCAAGGCGAACAUUCUGGGUUUACUUGGAAAUCUUAAGUAUGAAGAUGUAGAGGUCUUCAGCAUCCUGACUUCUCACAUGGAAGUGAAUGUAAGCUCUAGAGAUGUAUUUGAAUGCAUCGGAAGAAUUGUAUCCAAAAACAGGAGGCUGUUCCUUUCAAACAUAGAUAGAUUUUAUAAGUACACGCCUAUGGCACAGGUCGAGGGGUCUCUUGAAGACAAAGUUUAUAUUGCAAGGCUAACAGUUUUAAGGGAGCUGAAAAAGGCAGAUCCAGGAAUAAGGAUAAGCGAGGUCAUUGAAAGUCAUUUCUUGUUCCUUGAUAUCAUGGAGUGCACCGAGCCGGAUGGCUGCGGAGAUGGUUAUAUCUUUUUCAGGGACAUUCUGUGCCAAUUUCUUGAAGAGCCAAGUGGAGACAAAAAGGAACAGGAUUACAGGAGAUUGUUUGGCCAGAUGAAGAAAGAUAGCGAUCAUCGGUAUUGGUUUAUAUACCAUAUCUACAAAGGGAUGAAUGAGCUGCUUCACAAAAAAAGAGACGAUAUUCUCAGAAAAGUGCCAUUUCUCUUUGCAAAUACAAACUUCGACAUCUCACUUGUUAACGAUACGAAGCUCCUUAUAGAUCACAUAAAGAAUCUAGACUUCAAAUUGAUAAGAUUUAUCAAGUAUGAUGUAGAUGUUCCAUCAAAAGUUAAAGUCUGCAGUAAAAUGCCUAUAAGAUUCUCUGCCAGACUAACUCUUGAGGACGAUCACCGGGAUGUACAUUUGAAGGUUUGGUCUGGUGAUAAGCAACCCAUUUACUUUGAGGCUGAAACGGUAAUAGAUAUCUGUAUACUCGACGACUCUAAUUCCAUUCAUUGUUCCAUUGUAAAGCUUUUUCCCGGCCAAGAUAUCCAACUUUCGCAUGCAAAGACCGUUUGGAUAGAGAAGAAAAAGCCCAAGAAGGAUUUAAUUCCAGGAAUAGACCGUUACUGA